GAAUUCAAGAAAACUUUUAAGAAAGAAAUAAAGAAAGAUUGUAUAUCUAACGUCCUUGGUACUUACACUUAAAUUAUGCAAUUUUAUUACAUGUUCAACGACUAUCAAAAAUGUCUGGAGCACAGAAUCAGAGGAAACUGGCAGGAGAAGGAGAUUUAGCAAAAUGCAAAAUGUUUUGGAAGGGGAAUGUGAAGUUUGAGGACAUUUACUCGUUCAAAGUUGAUGGUUCCAUUGAGGAGGCAAAUGUGAUGAAUGAGGUGAGACAGAAGGUGAAAGAGCAGGCCCGAGUGUGGCGCUCAAUGGAAGCUGCCAAAGGGGCUGCCUGGUAUCUGCAAACCCAAUAUUGGAAAGACAAUGGAAACUUUGUCUCUUCGCUCUCUCUGUCAACUCUCACCAAUACCAUUGUUUUGAAGAGGCUCAUAAGACAGGGGAUUCCGCCUGUUGUGAGACCCAAGCUGUGGUUUAUGGCAUCUGGAGCAGCUAAGAAGCGCUCCACUGUUCCCCACAGUUACUAUCAAGACCUUAUUCAGGCUGUUGAGGGCAUGGUUACUCCAGCUACCAGCCAGAUUGAUCAAGAUAUUGCUCGUACUUUUCCUACUCACCCAUGGUUGGAUGCUGAAGAGGGGCAUGCAUCUCUGAGAAGAGUUCUUGUGGCAUAUUCCUUUCGUGAUUCUCGUGUUGGGUAUUGUCAGGGGAUGAAUUAUGUCGCGGCAUUGCUAUUGUUAGUCAUGAAAACAGAGGAAGAUGCAUUUUGGAUGCUGGCUGUGCUUUUGGAGAAUGUUUUGUUUAAUGACUGCUAUGCAGACAAUUUAUAUGGAUGCCAUGUUGAACAAAUGGUUUUCAAGGAUUUGCUUGCAAAAAUGUUUCCUAGGCUUGCUAGACAUUUUGAGGACUUAGACUUUGAUGUGUCUCUUGUAGCAACAGAAUGGUUUCUCUGUCUGUUUGCAAAGAGCUUGCCUUCAGAGACUACAAUGAGGAUUUGGGAUCUGCUUUUCAGUGAGGGAACCAAUGUUCUAUUCAGGGUUGCUUUGGCUAUCUUCAAGAUAAAUGAGGACCAGCUACUGGCCGUUCAACAAGUUGGAGAUGUGAUCAAUAUUUUGCAUCACACUGUACAUCAUGCUUUUGACCCAGAUGCACUGUUGAAGGUGGCGUUUGAUAAGAUUGGUUCCAUGACCAUUAACUGUAUAACAAAACACCGUAAAAGGCGACAGGCAGCAGUCACAGCAGAGUUGGACAAGAGACUAAGGCGGCUUAACUCAUGGGAAAGAGAAAAGUCAUCAUCUGAGUUUGAAAACUGAGGUUUAAAGUUCAACUACCUUCCUGGAUGUAUAUUGUUAGCCCGUGAGAAAAUGUCACAUCCCUUAUCCUCAAAGAGGCAUUUUAAACCAUUUCACAGCAUUGCGUUGCCCCUGUAUAUUUACUAUACGGUAUAUAUAAGAAGGUAACUCGUUCAAGCACUUGUCUUCCAUGCAGCGAUAGGGGGCAAAGACCAGUUGAAUUCACCCAUGUAUUUGGUAUCCUCUAACAAGUUGUUUUCCAGUCAUAUGUAUAUGUAUGUAUAGGAAAGACAGUACAAAAAAGAAUUGUGAUUCUAUGAUUA